AGGCCACCUGCGCGAUAAGAAUAACGCGCUCCCUCUCCCUCGCCCUCGCCUAAACAGGGAACCCCGCCGCCUGCCCUCUCCCUCGUCUCUACUCGUUUCGUCGGGAGUCUCAGAAAGCGGAGACUGUCCCUUCUGGCGCACAUAGUGCCGUUAACAAACACCACCGCGCAAUUGUUUGUUGCCCGCGGAGAACAAUCGGGUCGCGCGUGGAGCUUCCAGCAUCGCGUUGUCACUUUCGUUUUCACAGCGACAUCAGUCCGCCAUUCCCCAUCAUGGCAACCCUCACCCGCCAGCCGUUCGCUCCUGUCGACGGCGCACGGUUGAAGAGCUUGGCUAGCGUCAAGAACAGGCAGAAUGCAAUCGCGUCCUCGCCCAUCAAGCGGAAAGCUACCGAGGUGGAGGACACUGACGACUCCGAGAACGUGGCCCCUGUCCUCUUUUCGAAGCGGUCAAAGGGUGCCGAUUUCUGGGGUGACCUGGGCAAGAGCUUCAACAAGCCUCCUGCCUUCACCCUAGCCAGGGCCUCUCCCUCCCCGGCGGUCAAGGAUGUCUUCAGCAGCCCCCCCAGCCGACUCGCGUCUGCGCCCGUGUCACGGAACAUCCUCAAGCCCAAGUCGCCCACCGCUCAGCUCAAGGCGAAGACCGCGGCAGCAGCACCCGCACCCUCACCGCUGACGGCCCCCGCCGGCCGCUCACCGACCCGCCCCUCCAAGCGCGUCGGCAUCCUCUCCCGCCGCCGCAACCAGCGCCCGGACCCUCCGUCAUUUUCCCUGAAGGCCGGCCUCCCGUUCUCUCUCGAUACCGCCCUCAAGGGCACUAUCCCCGGCUACUCGGGCAGCUCGCGCCCCACCAAGAGCAGACGCAGGGCCGCUGCCGCCUCCAACGCCGCCCUCGACUUUUUUAUCCCCACGUCCGACCAGGCAUCUUCAUGGUCUUUCGACAUUCACGAGGACACCCCCGAGCAGGAGAUGACCAACCUCCUCCAGCACGGCACCUGUACCCUUGAUAUCAGCAGCGACGAGGAGUCCGAGAGCCGCGCCAAGCGCGAGCGCGCCGAGGGCCGGGACAAGGAGAACAUCCCGCCCCCGGAGGACGUCAGCCAGACAUCCUCGGCGCGGGGUGCCUCCCGCGAUGCCGUCGACAUUGACGAGGAUGUGCUGCUGCUCAAGGGGCGCGGUCCGCUCUGUGAGAUGAACGUGGUGGAUUUCUACGCCGACGGCUGCGAUAGCUCCAGCGUGUUCAUCAUCCCCGGCGAUGAGGAAGAUCCCGAGGCGGUGGUCAGCGAAGGGGCUGCCGGUCAAGCUGCGCAGCAACCGCGAGAUCUGCCUCCCCUCCCGGAAGACGGGGAAGAGGAGCAGCGGUGGUUAGCUGAAGACGGCGCCGGGGCGAUGCUCCCGCCACCGCCACCGCAAGUCAGCCUUGGCGACGUCGACGGGGUUGAUGUGGAUGACAUCAUGGGAGGCAGCGAACAGCCGCUGGUAGCUGCCGGGAUCGAUGGUGCCGCCGAGAGCUUUGAGUUGUGGGAGAGCAACAGCGCCAGGGACGAGGGGAGUACACCCACGUCGCCUUCACGGCCCGACCAGGGGUCACGAACGGAAGCCGAUCUUGUGUUUUGAGUUUCGGAUCGGCAGCAUGUGUUUGGUUUUGCUUUGAGCCUUUUCUGUUUACGUCUUUGGUCGGUUAGCGGGUUUUCUGGCUAAUGUGGAUACCCUACUU